GAGGAUGUGGGUAAAGCCAAGGCGUCAUUGUUCGAUAACUCCGACGAGGGCUCCGGUAUGGACGAAGACGAAUUCGACGAAGACGAGAUGAUGGCCUCUGACGACGACGAGGAUGCUUUCGACUCAGAGAUGGAGGACGAUGAUUCUCAGGGCGGCGGUGCGAUGUUUUCCGAUGACGAGGGCGAUCUCGAACAAUUGCGCUUGGCCAACUUGGAAGCAAUGUCAGCUCGUUUGGAUGCGAAAGCAGCGAAGGAGAAAGAGGAUGCUGAAGCGGAACUUCUACAAACCAACAUCGUCCCACCUCGUCCCGAAGGCAUUCUCCCGACCGAAGAAGAGCUCACUCCCGAUCUCGCAAUCAUCCAAACCCGAAUCCGCGAAAUCGCCCGCGUCCUCAACGACUUCAAAUCACUCGGCGAAGAAGGCCGGUCGAGGUCAGAAUACACCGAACAAAUCAUCCAGGAUAUCGCGACGUAUUAUGGCUACAACACCUACCUCGCCGAAAAACUUUUCAACAUCUUCUCCAUCAACGAAGCCAUCGAAUUCUUCGAGGCGAAUGAAGUUCCCCGGCCCGUGACGAUCCGUACAAACACCCUGAAAACCCGAAGACGUGACCUCGCGCAGGCCCUUCUGAACAGGGGUGUCAAUUUGGAGCCGAUCGGGAAAUGGACUAAAGUCGGACUCCAGAUUUUCGAGAGUCCGGUCCCGAUCGGGGCUACGCCUGAAUAUUUGGCUGGACACUAUAUGUUGCAGGCGGCUUCGUCGUUCCUCCCUGUCAUGGCACUUGCGCCGCAGGAGCACGAACGCGUUCUCGACAUGUCCGCUGCUCCGGGUGGAAAGACCACGUAUAUCGCCGCACUCCAGAAAAAUACUGGAUGUGUGUUUGCGAAUGACUCAAACAAAGACCGCGCGAAGAGUUUGGUGGCGAAUAUUCAUCGGUUGGGUGUUAGGAAUGCGGUUGUGUGUAGUUAUGAUGGAAGGGAGUUUCCGAAGGUUAUUGGCGGGUUUGAUAGGGUGUUGUUGGAUGCGCCGUGUUCUGGGACUGGUGUCAUCUCCAAAGACGCCUCCGUCAAAACCAACAAAUCGGAGCGGGAUUUCAUGUUGUUGAGUCAUCUCCAAAAACAACUGGUAUUGGCCGCGAUCGACUCGGUGGACCCACAUUCGAAGACGGGUGGGUAUGUUGUUUAUUCCACCUGUUCGGUUACGGUGGAGGAGAAUGAGGCGGUUGUGGAUUAUGCGUUGAGGAAGAGGCCGAACGUCAAACUCGUCCCCACCGGUCUGGAUUUUGGUCGGGAGGGGUUCACCAAAUUCCGUGGAAAGUCGUUUAACCCGAAGGUUGUUCACACGAGACGGUACUACCCUCACGUUCACAACAUGGACGGAUUCUACGUCGCCAAGUUCAAGAUUAUGGGGCCGUAUAAGGCCCCUGCGAAGGAUGAGGGAGGUGAUGAGGAAGAUGAUGUACCUAUGGCGUUUGGUGCGGAUGGGGAGGAGGCCGAUGAGGCCGUGAAGAGGGAUGAUGGGUACAAGUUUGAUGAGGAGGAGGAUCGCGCGUUGAUUGAGGAGAGUAGGAAGAAGUUGUUGAAGAAGAAGGGGGUGAAUGUGAGGGCUGGGGGAGCGAAGAAGGGAAAGGGA